GCAACACGUGGGAGCCAGAGAAGCUAGAAGUGCUGGAGAACAAUGGCUAAGGGGAACCCAGUUGCAACCAAAAAAAGGAAAAAGAACAUUGUAACCGAAGAACCUGAUGACUGCCUACCUGUACAAAUUGUCCCCAAAAAGAAGAAAAAGAUUCCUGACGAUGGUAGUGUUACACAUGAGGCAGAAUCUUCCCAAAAAGGGAAAAAGAACAUUGUGACAGAGGUAAAACAACCCCAAGCAAAAAAUAAGAAAAAGAAAAACGUGGCAGAGGAAAUCAUUGAUAAAAAUGAAAUCUUAACCAAAAAUAAGAAAAAGAAACCAGUGGCAGAAAACAUUGAUGUUUCUUCACCUGUGAGCGAGAGUAACAGGAUUGUCCCCCCUAAAAAGAACAAAACUAAAAUGGUAGUUGAGGAACAUGUUGUUCCUUCACUUGAGUCGAAAACUAACAAAAUUUGUCCAAAAAAGAAGAAGAAAGAAAAUAAAAUAAUGGAAGAAGAGCAAAUAAUUCCUCCACUUGUGACAAUAGAAAAUGAAAGCAUCGUGAAGAAGAAAAAGAGGAAAAUUAUUUCAGAGGAAAUUGUUGUUUUGCCUGAAACAAGUGAUAUUGUUCCAAAAAAGAAGAAAAAGAAAAUAACAUCCAAGGAACGCGCUGUUUCUCCCCUUGUGCUUGAAACGAAUGAGAUUGUCACCAAAAAGAAGAAAAAGAAAAAAACGUCCGAGGAAUGUGCAGUGUCAUCUCUGGUGCUUGAAACAAAUGAGAUUGUUACCAAAAAGAAGAAAAAGAAAAUGAUGUCCGACGAAUGUGCCGUUUCAUCCCUUGUGCCUGAAACUAAUGAGAUUGUCACCAAAAAGAAGAAAAAGAAAAUAUUGGCUGAAGAAGCCAACCGUUCUUCACUAGAGGCCAAACAUGUUGCAAUGAAAAAGACUGACGCAUUGAAUGAUCCAGAACAAGGUGCCACCGAAAUGAAGUCUACCAGUAAAAUGACAGAUAAUAAUGUUCUAAAAAAGAAAAAGAAGUUGAAAAAAGAUUCUAAAUCUAAUCAGGAUAAUGACCUUAUCACAAGUGAGGUAGCAGUAAAUAUGCCAGGUUUGAAAAAGAAAAAUAUUUCUGGGGGCAUUGAACUUUCAGAGGUACCUGUUAUUCAGCCAAACACUGAUAUGUCAGGAUCCACUAAAAAAAAGAAGAGAAAGACGAAAGGGAAUUCUUUACUUACAGAAGAUAUUGUAGCAAUUGAUGAAUGUGUUAACGUUGCACAUGCCACUGAUAAUGUUUUAUGUCAUGAAGAUAACCAUGUUAGUGUCAGUGGAACCUUCUCUACUGCUUUAACACAAGUCACUGAUGAUUCGGAACCUCGCAAAAGAAGUCAGAAGCGAAAAAGAAAGCACUCGAUUUCUCGGGAUCUAGAGAGUUUGGAAAAGAACAAAGAAGUAGAGGCAGAUUGUGACCCAACUGGACUCUGUAUGGAUGAUGAGAAUCUAAAUGAUGUAAGAGCUCCAUCUGAAAUGUCUUCAUUUGAAAAGAAAAAGCGGCUUAAGGAGAAAAAAAAGGUGGAGUCCCAGUCCGGUCACGAUGAUCCUCCUAAUGCGAAGUCCGACAAUGAAGAAGAUAAAGAUACAAAGAAGAAAAAGAAAAAAAAGGAUAAGCCUAAAAAGAGGGAAAUAAAUGAACAAGAGACUCAUGAUAACCUAAAAGAAAAAGUACAGAUUGGUGAAAAUGGCAAGAGGCCAGCAAGAGCUACCAAACAAGAGGAGACUAAUCAAGAUGUGGUAUUGGUGUCAGUGAAAGAAGGAAACUGUGAUGAAAUAGAAAUCGAUACAGCAAGAAGAAAAGCUUUGCAAGAGGAGAUUGACAGAGAGUCCGGUAACACCAAGGCCGCGAAGCUUGGGCAAUGGAAUACUGCUUCUUUUCAAUCUUCAGACCAGCAAGCCAAGUUUCUAAGACUUAUGGGUGCCUUCAAGAAAGGAAACCAGGUGGCCUUCACACCACCUUCAAACAGUGAAAAGGCAAACAUGGCUCUUGGCAAAGAGGAAGAGAAGGUUUUAGAGAGGAACCUGGAAGCUGAAUUUGACAAAGCCCUUAGCUGGAAGAGGAACAGCGGUAUUGGGUUAGGGUUUCAGCCUGUGCAGAAUAAAAAAUUUUAUAUAGACAAAAGCGCAUCUAGAUCUGUUAAGUUUGAGUGAUAGGUUCAUUGGCAGUGAAAUAGCUCCGAUGUUCAAUGUAUCGGCUGUCCAGCCAAUGCAAGUGUCAGGGUUGCAGGUUCUAUCCCUGGCAGAGACAUCUUAACUCUUCUUCGGUCCAAGGCAGAAGGAAAAUAACUAAUAAGUUGGCUAAUGUAAGAUGUAUGAAUCAGCUGUAUUGAAGUGCAUUCAAAUUAUGUUUGGUAAGCAGAUGCCAUGGACCUAGAUUGUAAUUUUAUGUAUGGAAAAGAAACGGCAAAUGUUGCCACGUCUCCUGCAGCACUCCUGGGGUUUGGGUGCAAAGGCAUUUGGAAAUGAAUCGCAAAACAACAAAAUAGUGACAUUUUAAAUGUGAAUUGAAAAGUGUCAAAGUAAAAUGCCGCUCCGAAAUAAACAUCAUUCCGAUCUUUCACAGGCUUGUUAUCGAGCUUGUCUUCAUCUUAAGUAAUGCUCAAAAUUUAUAGCAUCAUGUUUUGGACAACAAUAGCACAAAUCCAAAUCCUUCCAUCCUGUAUUGUUCUUUUGUAAGUUAAAUUUGUAUUUUAACUCCAUAAUUGGGAUUUUUAAACUGAAUGCUUAUGUUUUUUGUUUGUGAUAAUUAAAAUAAUAAUUUCAUACACAUAUUGCAUUGUAGAAGCAUGUACUGGGGCAUUGUGAGUGACUGUGUUCACCAUUUUCUUUACAUGAUAAUAGUUUACACCUCUAUGACAAAGCCAGUGAUCAAUCUAUAUAACUAAUAUGGAUAACAGAAGCUGGUAUAGAGCUUCGU